AUGGGUAACCCCAAUACCUCCAUUUUCUUUAUGUUCUUCAAGCUGUGUCUAGUUUUUGCAUUGUGUAAUGCAUCAGGAGACGAUGAAAGGAAGCCAUACAUUGUGUAUAUGGGAGCAUUGCCGGCGGAAGGAUCUAAAAUAUCAUUGUCGGCUGUUCAUGACAACAUUCUGUCCCAAGCAAUUGGAGAUGAAAGUAUAGCACGGCAGUCAAAGAUACAUACCUAUGGAAGAAGCUUUAAUGCAUUGGCAGCAAAGUUGUUGCCUCAUGAAGCUAAGAUAUUAUCUGAAAAAGCUGGAGUUGUGUCAGUAUUUCCAAGUGUUAAUCGAAAGCUUCAUACUACACAUUCUUGGGAUUUCUUAGGAAUGCCAACAACUGUAAAGAGGAAUUUGAAAGUAGAAAGUGAUAUUAUUAUAGGUCUCAUCGAUUCAGGAAUUUGGGUUGAGUCACCAAGCUUCAAUGACAGUGGCAUAGGACCUCCACCUGCUAAAUGGAAGGGUAAAUGUCAAAAUGGAUUAAAUUUCACCGGCUGCAACAACAAAGUUAUUGGUGCCCAAGCCUUCAGCCUAGUUAAUCCCAAUAACAAGAGCACUUCCCCCGCCGAUUUCGAUGGCCACGGCACGCACACCUCUUCAAUCGUCGCCGGUUCACUACACCAAGGCGCAAGCCUCUACGGCCUCCUCAACGGAACAGCCCGCGGCGGAGUGCCGGCAGCGCGUAUAGCUAUGUACAAGGCGUGCAACGGAGACCUGUGUAAGGACGAGGACAUCCUCGCAGCGUUUGACGCCGCCAUUGCUGACGGAGUGGAUAUAUUAUCGGUGUCCCUAGGCGCGAUCGCCACAUCCUACAAUAAUGAUCCAACGGCAAUUGGCUCCUUCCAUGCCAUGCAAAAGGGGAUACUCACUUCUUGCUCUGCCGGGAAUAAUGGCCUGUGGACGACUGUUCAAAAUGUGGCUCCUUGGAUCCUCACCGUUGCCGCUGCUUCCACCGAUCGACACCUAGAGACUCAACUUCAAUUGGGUGAUGAACAAAUAUUCUCUGGAAUUUCUAUCAACUUAGUUAACAGCGGUCCAUUUCCACUUAUAAAUGGAACACAAGCAGAUUUAAGCAAAAUGCCUGCUACUGUUGUCAAUUUUACAGAAUUUCAUGAUAAAAUUGCCAAAUAUAUCAACUUGACAACGCAACCAACGGCCGUGAUUCACCCAACAAAAGUUGUCAAUAUUGAACAGUCAUUCGUGGCCUCUUUUUCAUCUAGAGGACGCCAAUAUAUAGUCCCUAACCUCUUAAAGCCUGAUAUAUCAGCACCAGGGUUGAACAUAUUGGCUGCAUUUUCACCUUUGAUUUCUAUAAGUCGAGAUGUAGAUGAUACAAGAACCUCAGACUAUAAUGUUUUAUCUGGAACAUCCAUGUCUUGUCCUCAUGUUUCUGCUGUUGCUGCCUAUGUUAAGUCUUUCCAUCCUGACUGGUCACCUGCUAUGAUCAAGUCAGCUUUGAUGACUACAGCAAAACCCCUAGGAGUGAAGGACAGUGAUGCAGAAUAUGCAUACGGAGCUGGAAUGGUUGAUCCGACAGCAGCGUUGAAUCCCGGCCUUGUUUUUGACAUCGAUGAAGCUGCCUACAUAAGUUUUCUCUGCAAGGUUGGAUACAAUGGUUCUACAUUAGUUCAAAUAACGGGUAACAAAACCAACGACUGCUCAACAAUUUCACCAGCAACCGGAAAAGAUGGACUCAAUUACCCUACCAUUAAUCAUGAUGUCCGACUAAAUAUUAACACUACCAACUUCGAUGGUGUAUAUCAUCGUACUGCUAUCAAUGUUGGGGACGGUUCGGCAAUUUACAAGGCGCAAAUCCAAGCGCCAAAGGGUCUAUCUAUUGAGGUUUCUCCCAAUAUUUUAUUGUUCAAAAACAAGAAUGAGAAGAAAUCUUUUAACGUUACUUUGUCAGGAAGAUAUCCAAAAGACCCUACAAGGCGUUUAUCUGGGUCUAUAAUUUGGAGUGACACUAUGCACAAUGUGAAGAUUCCAAUCGUGAUAUAA